AUGGCGGUAAUGGUACAAACAAACAAUACUGCAACGAAACGAAGGAAAUUCUCCAUAGAAAAUAGUUCUGAUGGUUUCAAUAGCGGAUCCCUCAACUGGUUACUCCACGCGCGCUACGUCAGAGGAGAGCACUCAUUGUGCCUUGACCUCGCCGAUGAUCUGCAGAAAAAACACGAUAAUAAACAUAGAUAUGCUCAUUACAUAAAGGGGGCUGUUUUGGCAGACGCUGGUAGAUUGCAAGAAGCUCUGGAAAGAUAUCACAGUUGUCUAAGACUUCAACCUCAAGACCCAGAACCUUUGAAACAAGUCGCAAAAUGUUUAUCACGACAGCAUCGUUUCCAGUUAUCACAUGAAGCCUAUUUAGAAGCUGAUAAGCUGACGAAACAUCCUGAUCCCGAUAUUUAUUGCGCAUUAGCGGAAUGUUCGUGGAACUUGGGUGAGCUAGGAAGAGGAGUGGAAUGGGCACGAUCGGCGGUGCAAGCAGGGGGUGGGGAGAGAGCGGCCGCGCUGCUAGCAAAAAUACUUCUAGCUUGUGAUGAUAUACCCGGCGCAUUGUCAGCUUACGACCAAGCUUUAACUAUGCACGCAUGUGGAGCGGAUACUUUAGCAGCCGCUGGUGCUUUACGCCUCCGAGCGGGUGAUCCUCGACGCGCCUUCCAGUUGCUCGGUGCAGCUUUGGCUCAGCAGCCCACUCAGCAUGCAGCAGCCCUGGCUUUGGCGGCCAUGAUGCUACAGCACAAAGAUGUUGAUGCUGCCCUAGCGAGGCUCAAAGGUGCUUUAACUGCUCAUCCUACGUGCGUGGCUGCUCACGCCAAUCUCGGAAUGGCUUUGUUAGCCAAAAAGAAGUAUAUUGCUGCUUUGACUUGCCUGCAGCGUGCUUCAUGGGCUGCGCCGUUGAGCGCCCGUGCCGCGCAUGACCUCGGAGUAGCACUCCUCGUAUGUAAGAGACCAGCUUCAGCAUUUUGCAGGCUCGCCACAGCGGCAGCGUUGCAGCCUUUUCAACCAUAUACGGUACUGCUAAUAGGCAUAGCCCUAGAACGUCUAGGAGACAGUCGGGCUGAUGCAGCGUAUUCAAGGGCGGUGGCGCUGGCGAAUGACGAUCCUCUUAUUCGCCUCAAUAUAGCUGGCAGACACGCCAGAGCUGGACGACUGACUGAAGCUGUAGAGGAAGCUGAAGUCACUGCUGAAUUGCUGCAGAGAGAGGAAAGGCCAGAUGCUCAGCUAGCAAGUUCUCUGGCUACUCUACUUGAGUUACUUCGCGAAGCUGGAGCUGAACUAACUCGCCUGCAAGGUUCUGUACCUCAAGCUGAAGUGGAAGUUGCAGCUUCAGAUCAAAUUGACGACGACCAAUUUGCACCCGAUGAAGUCUAA